GGCUAUACACACAGCGACCACCGUACGAGCAAUUUAAAACUUACUCAUCUCAGUAAAUGCAGACAGUCUCAUAAGAAAUAAGCGUCACAGCAGAAGCAAUUUUUUUUUUCACCUCUCUUCAAGAAACCAACACCAAGAAACUUUCAAAAUGGGCGAAUGGGAUGCCGGACUUUUCGGAUGCUUCGACAACAUCGGUCUGUGUUUGAUCACCUAUGUCGUACCGUGCUACAUCGCCGGGAAGUUGGCCGAGCAGAACGGCGAGAGCUGCAUGAUGUACGGUGUCUUCUCCGUACUUGGGUGCGUCGGUCUCUGGUCAAUGACCAAGAUUCGUGGAAUGACAAGAGCGGCCAAGGGUAUUGAUGGAGAUUACACAAACGAUCUUCUCAUGAUCUGGUGUUGCACGCUCUGCGCUCUGGUACAAGAAGCACAGCAAUGGGGACUCCAUCCUAAAUCAGCUAUGGGCGAAUCAAUGGCACGGGAAUAGAUUCUCUCUUCAAUCAAAAUCAUAACGCCUGAGCUACACCCUCGAACUGUUCGACAGUCUAUAACUGCGUCUUGCAAGUUACCAUGGAGAUGAAUUGUUUGUGAUGGCGUUGCUUCUCUUCAAUCAGUUGACUCUCGCGCGUUGGUUAUUACCGAUAAGUACUGAACAAAGGUUUCCAUGGUUUUGUGUGGGUUUUUUGGUGGUUCAAGGCUGAUGCUAAGAACCUAAACCAGUGGCUUGAUUUUAACGAAUGACCAAGGGGAAAGAAGAUAUUGCUCUCCUGUUUAUCCGCAACAUUUGCACACCCAAAAAUAGACCUUCUUUUAUUGCUUAAAAGCAUUACAAUAAUUGCACAUCGAAAUGUAAUUUAGGUUUUUAAAAUAAGUUCAUGUUAACUUUUUUAAAUUUUCAGGUCGUUAAAACGAAUUUUGAGCUGGCAUUUUGUUGUGCACUAAUGAACAAGAUGUGGGGCCGAUUUCACAAAACACAAAUCACUAUAGUAACACUGACAACCUAUCUAAAGAUGGAUAUUUUUGCUUUUUGAAAUCGACCCCAGACCAACUGAACAUGUUUACAUUUAUUUAAACUAUAAUAUGUGGUAACAAUUUGAUACCUUUGUGAAUUUGUUUUUUAAAAAAGGUCCCUUUUAGGUUAAACCUUUAUAAGUUUCUUACGAUGUAUAAAUAUUUUCUGCAGGGUAUAAUGUUUUACAAAUGAAAAAUAUAUAUACAUGUAUUUCUGAAAUGUUGAAAACUUAAGAGCUAAUCGCCUUUAAGGCUUGUACUUGAGUGAUUGAGUACUUAAAGCAUACUUUUUAAUGAGUCACCCAACUUUAAUUGUUGUUUCCUACAUAAAUAAUUGGAUUCACUCCGAUUCGAUUGAUUGCGAUGAAAAAUUCAAAAAUUCGAGCUUUUUAACAAAAAAUUUUAUGCUGCCUUGUUGGUGACCUUCUUUUUUACGAGAAUAAAUUUUCUAUUUUCGAGAAUUAAUUUCUGCUUGUUUAGUCACAUUCAUUAAUCACCUGAAAGUGUAAGAAUGAUAUUUUUAUAAUAGACGAAUAACGAACUGUUUAACCCCAAUUGAUAAGUUGAUGUAUUCAUAGAUGUACAGCGUAGAUAUAGACGUCUGUGUAUGGCAUUAAAUAAUAACUGUAUAUUUUCACCUACUGUGCCGUGAUGCUAUUUUAUAUUCAAAAUAAAAUGCUUGACUUGUUAUAGACUCCUUGCAUAACGGCGUCAAAAAUUCGAACAGCACCCUCAUUGAGGUCAAAAGAAGACCUAUCAUCAUGGAGGUAGAUUUUGCCGUUGUUUGAAUUGAGUGAUGGUGGCCUUUGCAAAGGGGUCUAUUUCUAGAGCAGAUAAAGUAAAAUAGAGACUUAAUUGUUCUUCUUAAGAGUUGUCAUAAUGCCAUUUUUCGUUUUGCAAUUGUGGGGCACUAUACAUGUACUGAUGAUGAGAAACUUUUGAAAGGGCACCCUGGCAGAGGGGCAACAAAGGCCGUGCCCCACCCCGCCCCUUUUCUUUCUUUAUUCUCUUAUUGUCACUUUGAUGGCCAAUAGAGUUAAAAAGUUGACACAUUUGUUAUUAUGCAUAUGUUGUGCCUU